GUAGAGUUUGUUGUUGUUUUGAGUGUGUGCACAGGUUGUGGUAGUUUUCGACAAAAGUAGAUAACAACUGUAAAUAACAUUUGUGUAACUUUUAGCUUCUUUAUUUUAGGUAACACCUUUCAGAAAGUUAAUACACACUUUUAAGUAUAAGCUACAUAAAAUGUCCGUCUCCCAUGGCAUGCUGAUCUAUAACAAUGACAUCACCCCAGAUAGCCUGGUUGACAUGAAGGGAGACUGCAAGAUAUUCGAGCACGUUUCAAGUACCAUGGCGAACUCGUCACUUUUUAAGCUUGAUAAAGAGGAUCACACCAUCGCAAACCUCCUGCGCAUGAAACUUCACGAGUCGCCCUUCGUACAGAUCGCAGGCUACCGGGUGCCUCACCCAACCCAACACCGCGUCGAGCUUCGGGUGCAGACCUCGUCGGAUUGCAGUGGCAGGCCAGUGCCGACGCCGAAAGAAGCACUCUAUACUGCUAUUGACGGUUGUCUGCUUGACUUGCAGACAUUUGAGGAACAGCUUCGAGCGGAUGCGCAAGCAAAAGGGUUGGAAUUGGAGGAAAUGGAUUUACAUUAAGCCGCAAA